UCGAGAAGAGAUCGGUGGUGGUGUUACCACGACCUGGCACGUUUCAACCACCUGUCAUCUGUCUUCCUGAAGGAGACUAGCCAGCUGCCACGCCUGUGAUAGCCUCGUAGGACUUCAGCAAGGCUCAUAAGGAUCAUUAGAUCUUCAUGGCCCUAGCAACACCAAGAUGAGGUGCUUGAGUCUUGCAGCACAGCAGUCAUGUUUCGAAGCUCAUACGUGGAACACCGAAAUGGUGGCAAGUUCAGACUACUUGCCGGAUUUAUUAACAAUAGAUGAAGAGGAAUGAGAAUAUUAUUUUGAGGCAGAUUGUUCAGUGCUGAGGGACAACUUGGAGGGUUAUCAGCAGCUGCUCAAGCUGCAGGCUCAAUGUGGCAAGGCAAUCAAGACAAUGUAGCAUUCAGAAAUAACCAAAGCAACUUACCUGAACUCAGGGACUCAACAACAAGAAAAUUUAUGACCAGCUGCCUCUUGGUGACUGUUGUUUUCACAACCUCAAUGAUUCUGUUGGUGCUGGACACAGGUUCAGCAACUGCUGACACAAGAGUGGAUCAGGAGUGCUUUCAACACUCAGCACAUCAUUCACAAUUUGGCAGGAACUGGACAGGAAGGUUUUCACAGCAUGCCUCUCCCUCGGGAAUCUGCUCGCUGAGAUACUGCAUGACCACAAGCUGGACCAUUUCCUGACCUUGGUGGUGACAUGUUACUGGCCACACACCCUGACCAGCACUAUGAGAGUGCAUGACACCAUUAGAACCCACUGGGUCUCUGCACAGCAGCUCACAGUGCAGAGCACCAUUGAUGGGGUGGACCUCUAGGCUCUGAGGCAGGUGGUGGUGCUCUUCUCUGGCCACCAGGCUUUUGAUGCUUCCUUGGUGUUCCAAGAGUCAGUGCUGGUGCCAGACAAAUGCAGACUGCCUUACUGAAUGACAUAAUUCUGUCCAAGGGCUACCUGACCACCUCCACCCAUCAAACCUUCACCCUGAAUGAGACCAUCCUUCUCCAGCCACAUUGAGAUGUGAGGACUUGUCAACUCAUGGAACCUUCCUCGGGAAUGGAACCAAAUCUUGCUGGCACCCAGAGCUUCAGCUGCCCCUGACGAUGGCCUGGCUCAAGAGCAUCUCUUGUGAAUGGUGUGGAUGUGGCACAGAUGUACAGGAGUGCUUGGUUCGUGCAUACCACCAUACAACUCUCCGCCAGCGUGGCCUUUGGGUGGACUGUGGUGAAGGAACCUAUCCGCUGAGACACUGGAUGGCUGCAUGCUGGACCAUUUCCUGGCAGUUGUGGUGACACAUAACUGGGAGGUUGGAACUGUUUGGUCCUGAAUCCUUGCUGGUUCAACCAUUCAUUAAGCAAGCUGCCUUCCCCUAGAGCACCAUUGAUAGCCUGGAUGCCCACAACACGCACAGCAUAGCCAGCGCUGCCCAGGAUGGCUUCAGGAACAUUUUUGUGCAGUCUGAAGCUGAUUAUGAGAGGAUCUGCCAUCCCAUUGCCAAGCUGUACAAAGAGUGGGUCAUGCAUGUAUGAGGCAGAUUGCCGCAUUGUGCAUGGCAGCCUCCCACUCCCUGCUGUGCCCCAUGAGUCCAUCUCUUAUGCAUUCACCACCACCAUCCUCCUGUGAGCUACAAGGGUGUCUGCCACCUGGACUCCUUGACUUGGCAGGAUAACAACCUGGGUCAACACUUCCACCAGCUGUAGGAUGAAGACGAGAUGUUGGUGGCCGUGGCUGCAUCGCCCUUCAACAACACAUGUGAACAAACCAGCACCACAAUCUUUACAUCUAGCAUUCAGCUGGAGGUGUAGCGAUGCAUCAGAUCUGUGGCACCAUUCACCUGCUACGGGACUACACCAAUAUCACCACCUACAUACAGCUCGCCAUUCCCACCAUCAGUAAGGGAGGUGUUAGGUAGCUCUUUGCCCCAUUCACCAUCACUUCUUGUCAGGGACCUCUACACUACUUAAAGGUGUUCAGGGAGGUAGACAGCACUCACCACUGUGUUUCUGAGGUGGCACUUCCAAUGCUUCAUGCUGAUCUGAUGGUGUUCUUCGCCAGCAGUGGGCGCUCACCUGGCUGUAGUAACCAUGCAUUAUGUUUACAUCCCUGUUAUAGUCUCUUCCACAGGUUAAUUGACCUUAUAUUCUUUCUCAGGUGAAUUGACUAUUUAUUCUUCUCGGGUAAAUUUACUACUGAUCCUAAACAUUUACUAAUUAAAAUUCUGAAGCCUGACUUGCUUGGCUUUAUACUGUCAUGUGUUCUUUUCUGGGGUAAAUUUAUCUUCCUAUUCAUUGUAAACAUUGACUAAUUAGAAUUUUGAACCAUGACUCACUUGGUUUCCUAGUUUUACAGUAGUUAAUCUUUAAUAGGUAAAUUGAUGCUUAAUCUUUCAAGUGCUAACUUGCUUGGUUUUCUAGUUUUAUAUAGGGUGAUUUUUAAAAAGUUUCUAAUUGUGAGUAAAUUGAUGCUAGAUCUCUCGGGUUCUAUCACUGACUUCCUGCCCAUCUUUCAUUCCUACCCAUCCUUCACUCUCAUGUCAAAAUUCUCUUCACUUACUGGCAAGAUGUUCCGACUUGCUGCUGAUCCUUCAUGCCUAGCCAUCCUUUACUACCUCUUUAAAACCUCUUUAUUUACAGUUAAGAUGUUGUUCUGCUGGGGUGAGGUUGAGGUGGCUGUGACAGUCACCUGGGUACAACACACUCAGGUGAGGCAUCCUGGCCGACCCUUCUCUGACUACUACAUCCUCCUGAGACACCACCACCCCUCCCAUAACUAUCCCUGCUGACCCCUACCCCCAGCCCUCCUCCACUCCUAAGCCAUACACCACACAGACUAGUCAAACUAACUACAAUCCGUAUAGCACACCCUCUUCCACUUCAGAUACUUAUAAUCUUUACACUACAUCACAUACCACUCCUGACCAUUACAAUCCAAUCCCCACACCACACCCUCUUCCACUUUGAUACAUGCAGUCAUUACUCCACCUCCCACACAAUCUUUAUGGCACAUUCACUUCCACUUCUGAUCUUUACAAUCCUUACUUCAACUCCUCCACCUCUGACUCUUACAAUCUCUACUCUACCUCCACACCUCUCCACACUACAUUAUAUUCCAUUCCUAAUCCUUACACUGCAUCCUACUCCAUUCAUAAUCCCUAUGCCACAUCCUACUUCACUUCUGAUCCCUACACCUCAUCCUACUCCACUUCUGAUCCCUACACUGCAUCUUAUUUAACUCCUGACCCUGACUGAGUUGACUUCCCAGUGCUAUUUUAACAUAUCUUUCCACAUCACCUUCCAAUGAGUGCUAAAUCGCCCAUUAUUGGUGAUGGAAUAGCAUUUGUGUUUGCCUUGUGUUGAGGAAUAAAAGCUUCAAGAAACAA